AUGGCUGCCAGUUCAAUAUACUGCGAUUUGAACACAUCUCGACAGGAAAUCAGGCUGCUCGAAAUCAUUGCUACUGAUCCAAGCAUCAUCUGCAAAACGAGAGUCGUCUCACUCCUGGAAUCCCCUACUUUUGUUGCGCUUUCCUACCAAUGGGGUAAUCCAGCGAUGACCGAAGAGAUCACAGUUAAUAACACAACACUGUUCGUUACCAAGAGCCUUGCAGACGCCCUUAAAUAUGUACCAAUGCAUUGGCAAGAAAUGGAGAAGAUGUCGGAAGGCAGUAUCGGGCUUCUUCUCUUAUGGGCAGAUGCAAUCUGCAUAAAUCAACAAGAUAUUGAAGAGAAAAAUCACCAAGUCCCUCUAAUGAAGAAAAUUUAUUCGUCAGCAGAGUACACUUUUUGCUCAUUGAUGUCGGAGAAAUCAUCGUUGAUUGAAACAGCGAUUGAUACUAUCAACACAUUAUGUGCUGGCGCAUUCAAGAGUGGAUUCAAACCAGAUCUAGAUCAUCAAGAUGCGAAAAUAGAUUGGAUGCUCAAUGACCUGGAGUUAUUUGGGACCGACCCUAAAUAUGCACUUUUUCCAAAACAAAAUGACGGCUCGGAAUUCGAUGAGUGGAUCGUUCGUAGUGGUAACAAAGCUCGAACAGCCUUGCAAGAGUUCAUGGAUCUCCAAUACUGGGAGCGUGCCUGGAUAUACCAAGAGCUUGUACUUUCAAAAGACCUAGUCUUCUUUCAUACAUCUGAGCGUACUUUCUUGCACGUACUCAAGUUCGUAGCUCUCUGGGCAGGGUUCCUAGAGAUGCAAACUAGACCACGAAAAAUCGACAGCUAUCUAUGGAAGACUAUCAUAGAUCUUUCUUCCUUCAAACCCUUAGUGAUGAUCAAACAAUCCCGAUUAUUGAUCAUCACAAAGAAGACCGUAACCUCUCAGGAUAGAGAUUUAUAUCUUGCACUGUUACGAUUGCAAGACUUAAUAAGCACAGAAUUAAAAGCGACAGAUCCAAAGGACCACGUCUAUGCCUUACAGGGACUUACAGGUUCAAAUCUCAUACCAGAUUAUAGUUCUAAUACAUCUGUCGCUGACGUAUAUAUCGAAUUUUGCGUCGAAGGCGUCGAAACUUUACGACGUUCCAAUCUCCCGUUUUUGUACUUCCUUCGUGGCGCUGGUUAUGCGAAUAAAGCUCCGGAAGGCCCUGAACUGCCUUCCUGGGUACCGAAUUAUCCCGGUUGUUCUACCAAUGGAAAUGCAUAUCAGCCUUCCUAUCUGGUUUCCUCGACUGAGAAGCGCAACAUGCACCGAAGUAAUUUCAAUAAUAGGGCGAACGACAUCUCAAUCUGCAAACAAAGUCUCUUUGCUCCUGCACUAGUCAUUGCAUCACUCGACGAUACGAGUGAUGUCUUGGGAGAAGCUAAGUCAGCGCCAGAAUUUGCUUCUUCCGUUGUCGAAGUCAUAAACUAUAGGCGGGUAUUCGGUGACCGACAUCCAUUGCUUAAACUCGCAAGUGCUCUCUGGGGUAAAAAUAUUGAAGAAGAAGUCUGGGAAUCUCCCGAAGUUUUUCGGGUGAUUCGAUUUUUGCAGACUACUCUUCCACAUUCUGAAGUUACGUUUAGUUUCGACUUUUUGGAUAGGAUUCAUCUUGGGUGGAUUUGGCUGGUGAAGUUGACAGGUUUCGAUCGUGACUUGGUUUCUACCAUUUUGGAUUCAUUGGCUGUCGAAGAUCCCAAGACCAUACCAAAGCUGGAGCAUCCGUAUCCAAGCGUCAUACAGUUUCUCCGAAGACUACUGGACCAUGAAACGGGAGAUUAUUGGCAUGGCUUGUCAUCUACGGCUGGUGACCUAUAUACCUUGACAAAAUCGGGUGGUAUGCGGGUUGCACGCACUGCAAGUGAGACCUACAGCGAGUUCAGCAUCGUUCCGGCUGCGGCAUUGAAGGGUGAUGUUAUAGUCUUUCUUGCGGGAAGUGAGAAACUUCACUUGGUUCGAAGGGUGGAAGACCACUACGUCUAUAUUGGCGAAGCUGGAGAUAUCGAAGCAUUGGUAACUCCGAUGCUAAAUAAGGUCAGCGCUGGUGAGGAGGAUUUUCAAGUUAUAGAAAUUCGAUAG